GCUUUUCAGUCACUUUUUGUUGAAAAGCCACUUCUGUAUCAGUGCGUAAAAAUAGUGCUCAAUUUUGUAAAAUCAUCCAAUUUCCGUGAACAGACAACGUACUACAAUGGUUACCCAAACGGCCGAACCAGCUCCGGCUACCCAGGAUGUGGAAAUGGAGAGCGCCGAGGACGUGGAAGCCGCGAAAAAAGAUGCCGAACUGCUGACGGUGCAGGAGAUUCGUGAGCACGCACGGCAGAUCGACAAAGCUGUAACUAGCAAGGAACCGCGAUUCAUUCUGCGUGUGCUGAGGUCGCUUCCGAACACCAGAAGGAAGCUAGGUUUGGUGGUGGUGCGGUCGUUGGCAGUGCAGCUGUUCCCCUCCGGUCCGGAACGAGACGGAAUCAUGGCAUACAUUGAGGACUAUCCGGAGGGCAUGCAGGAACCGGAGAUGCCUAGACCGCGAGCUGCGAUCAAAAGUCCACUUCCGGAGGUAGAUGCCUAUUUUCAUCUGUUGCUGUUGGUGAGACUUUUAGACAAAAAUGAACUGGAGAAAGCCUCUAAAUGUUCCCAAGAUUUGAUGGCCAAAAUCGUCGGACAAAAUAGACGCUCUUUAGACCUUAUUGCGGCUAAGAGUUACUUCUAUCACUCGAGAGUUGCCGAGUUAAAUAACGAGUUAGAAAGUAUUCGAGGAUUCUUGCAUUCGAGACUGAGGACCGCUACGUUAAGGAACGAUUUUGAAGGUCAAGCUGUGCUGAUUAAUUGCCUGCUGAGAAACUAUUUGCAUUAUUCUCUUUAUGAUCAAGCAGAUAAGUUGGUCAACAAAUCGGUUUUCCCGGAAACGGCCAGCAAUAACGAAUGGGCCCGUUUUCUUUACUACUUGGGCCGAAUCAAGGCAGCCAAAUUGGAUUACAGUGCUGCUCAUAAACAUCUAGUUCAAGCCCUACGCAAAGCUCCUCAACAGGCAGCCGUCGGUUUUCGUCAAACUGUUCAAAAGUUGGUCAUCGUGGUGGAACUUCUGCUUGGUGACAUUCCGGAACGACAAGUCUUCCGGCAGUCUGCGCUUCGUCGUUCCCUAGGCCCAUAUUUCCAGCUUACCCAAGCCGUUCGAUUGGGAAAUCUGCAGCGCUUUGGAGAAGUUUUGGAGAACUUCGGCGACCAAUUUCGUCAGGAUCACACUUUCACCUUGAUCAUUCGUCUCCGUCAUAACGUCAUCAAGACGGCUAUUCGUUCAAUUGGGUUAUCGUACAGCCGCAUCAGUCCGCAAGACAUCGCCCGUAAGCUAGGGUUGGAUUCCCACGAAGAUGCCGAAUUUAUCGUGGCCAAAGCCAUUAGAGAUGGGGUGAUCGAGGCCACACUGGACCCGGAGAAGGGCUACAUGCGCAGCAAGGAGAGCACCGAUAUCUACUCGACACGCGAACCGCAGUUGGCGUUUCAUCAGCGCAUCAGCUUCUGUUUGGAUUUGCACAACCAGAGUGUCAAGGCCAUGCGAUAUCCACCGAAGUCGUACGGUAAGGAGCUGGAAAGUGCCGAGGAGCGUCGCGAACGCGAGCAACAGGACCUGGAACUCGCCAAAGAAAUGGCCGAGGAGGAUGAUGAUGGUUUCUAAAAUGUGGCGCCGUGUUGAGUAUGAGACACUCAAGAAUCAAUUUGCUUUUGUGAACGAUUGAAAUUUACAUUAUUAAUAUACCUAUACCUAAAUUGAUUAUUGAUAUCUAAUAAAGUCAGAGCAAGCCCUGGGAAACUGUA